CCACCGACGCAACACGUCGUAGCGCCUGCGCAGAUUCAGGCAACUACCAUAUGUCUGAAAGAGAUUUUAAAAAGUGACAGAGUGAGGCAACAGUGUGAAAAACAUGGGGAAAAAACAGAAAAACAAGAGCGAGAAUAAUGCCAAGGAUGAUAUUGAUAUUGAUGCAUUGGCAGCAGAGAUUGAGGGAGCAGGAGCUCCCAAACCUAAACCAGUUAGUAAAAAGAAGAAAAAGGAUUUUGAGGAAGAUGAUAUACUAAAAGAAAUUGAAGAACUUUCUUUAGAGAUUCAAGAAACAAAGGGUCAUAAUGAAGCAGCCAAAUCUUCAGCCAAAGUAAAGAAAGAAGAAAAAGAUGAAUCUGAACCAAUCAAUAAAAAGCAAGAUAAGAAGAAGAAGGGCCAGAAAGUCUCAAAAUCUAGUUUUGAAGAUGAUGAAAUGGAAGGUAAAGAGUUUGAGCUACCAAAAACCAAAGGUCAGAAGCAAAAAUCUGAGCAAUCAGAUGAAGAAGAGUUCAUUGAGAUACCUAAAGGGAGAUCCCAAAGUCUUGCACAAAAACUAGAACUUUCAGAAGGUGAGGAAGUUGAUACUAAGAACUCAAAAGCAAACUCGGACAGUGAUGAAGAAUGCAGCGAGUUCCCUCAAAAGAACAAGAAGAAUCAAAAAAGUAAUCAGGCGAAGAAAGAUGAAAGUGAAGGGGAGGAUGGAGGAGAUUCUGGAUUCAAACUAAAAACAGCUGCACAAAAGAAAGCAGAAAAGAAAGAAAGGGAGCGCAAGAAACGGGAAGAGGAAAAGGCUAAACUUCGUAAGCAGAAAGAAAAGGAUGAUUCUGAGCGACAGAAAAAGGAAAAAGAGCAGGAAGCUAAAACUCAGAAAGCUGAAGCUGAACUUGUUUCUAAAAAUGUCAGUGAGAAAAUGGAUGUUACUCCAACUGCUGAAGUUAAGGGAAUUGAAGAUACUACAGGUGCAGAAGGUGAAGAAAAUGAUGGGGAGAAAAAGAAAAAAGACAAAAAGAAAAAGAAAGAUAAAGAUGAAAAAGAGAAAAAGAAAGCUGGUCCCAGCAAGGCUACUGUAAAAGCUAUGCAAGAAGCACUUGCAAGAUUAAAAGAAGAAGAAGAACGACAAAGAAGAGAAGAGGAAGAACGUUUAAAACGAUUGGAAGAACUGGAAGCCAAACGUUUAGAACAGGAGAAACUAGAACAGGAGCGUAAAGAAAAAAAGAAACAAAAAGAAAAGGAAAGAAAAGAACGCUUGAAGAAGGAAGGCAAAUUGUUGACAAAGUCCCAGAGGGAUGCGAAAGCAAGAGCUGAGGCUACACUUGAACUUCUUCGUGCUCAGGGUGUUGAUGUGCCAUCCAAAGAUUCAAUGCCAAAGAAGCGACCAGUAUAUGAUACCAGAAAAAAGAAAAAACAGCAUGAGAGCAAAGAGGAGGAAAACAAAGAAGAAGCUUUGGAGGUUAUUUCAACACCAGUACAUGAAGAGCUUGAAGUAGAGAUGACAGAGGCACCAGAUGUAAUUUCAGAACCCACACCAGAACAUGAAGAAGAAAAAGGUGAGGUUGAUCUUGAUGAUUGGGAAGCUAUGGCAAGCGAUCAUGAACAAGAUAAAGAAGUGAAAACUGUUCAUAUUGAAGUACAAGAGGAGGCUGAAGAUGAGGAGGAGGAGGAAGAAGAAGAGAGUGAUGAUGAUGGAGCAACUGAGGAAAGUGAGGAUGAUGAGGAAAAGCAAGUUUUUGAUGAAACUAGGACAGCAUCACUAAAAAUGGAAAAAGAACCCAAAGUGGUAACAAAUGAAAAAGCAAAACUGCCAAAAGAGUUUAGCUCAGAUUCUGAAAUUGAAUCUGAUUCAGAUGAUGGCCGAACAAAAGAAGAACGAAUUUAUGAUGAAGCAAAGCGACGUAUUGAGAAACGUAGAGCAGACAACAUUAUGAAUAUAAACACUGAAAAGCUCCGAGCACCAGUUAUUUGUGUUCUUGGGCAUGUUGACACAGGGAAGACCAAAAUUUUGGAUAAGCUCCGCCAUACUCACGUGCAGGACAGUGAAGCAGGUGGUAUAACUCAGCAGAUCGGUGCAACCAAUGUUCCUCUAGAAACCAUCAAAGAGCAAACUAAAAUGGUGAAAAAUUUUGAGAAAGAUGAAAUUAAAAUACCGGGUAUGCUGAUCAUUGAUACACCAGGUCACGAGUCCUUCAGUAACUUGAGAAAUAGAGGAAGUUCUCUCUGUGAUAUUGCCAUCCUUGUGGUUGAUAUUAUGCAUGGAUUGGAGCCACAGACAAUAGAAUCCAUUAACCUUCUAAAAACAAAAAAAUGUCCUUUCAUUGUUGCACUUAAUAAGGUUGACAGGUUGUAUGAUUGGAAGAAAAGUCCUGAUACCGAUGUAGUUGCCACGUUAAAGAAGCAAAAGAAGAACACAAAAGAUGAAUUUGAUGAGAGAGCCAAAUCAACUAUUGUGGAAUUUGCACAACAGGGCCUGAAUGCUGCUCUAUUCUUUGAGAACAAAGAUCCACGUACAUUUGUGUCAUUGGUUCCUACAUCAGCUCACACUGGUGAUGGCAUGGGAAAUCUUAUUGCAAUGCUGGUAGAACUAACCCAGACUAUGCUUGCUAAGAGACUAGCAUAUUCUAUGGAACUGAGAGCUCAAGUUAUGGAGGUGAAAGCACUUCCCGGAAUGGGAACGACUAUUGAUGUGAUUCUAAUCAAUGGGAACAUAAAGGAAGGAGAUACUAUUAUUGUUCCUGGAGUUGAAGGUCCUAUAGUUACACAAAUCAGAGGUCUUCUAUUGCCGCCGCCUCUCAAAGAGCUGAGAGUAAAAAAUCAGUAUGAGAAACAGAAGGAAGUCUGGGCUGCACAAGGUGUAAAGAUUCUUGCUAAAGAUCUGGAGAAAUCUCUUGCAGGUUUACCACUACUAAUAGCCCACAAAGACGAUGAAAUUGCAGUUCUAAAGGAUGAACUUGACCACGAACUGAAGCAGACACUGAAUUCUAUUAAACUUGAGGAGAAGGGUGUUUAUGUACAAGCCUCUACAUUGGGUUCCUUGGAGGCACUCUUAGAAUAUCUUCGGGCAUCAAAUGUGCCAUAUGCUGGAAUUAACAUUGGACCUGUGCACAAGAAAGACGUGAUGAAAGCUUCAGCGAUGCUUGAACACGAUCCUCAGUAUUCAGUUAUCCUUGCUUUUGAUGUGAAGGUUGAGCGAGAUUCCCAGGAGCUUGCUGAUACACUCGGAGUCAAGAUCUUCAGUGCAGAAAUUAUCUACCAUUUAUUUGAUGAAUUCACAAAAUACAGACAAGAUUACAAAAAACAAAAGCAAGAAGAAUUCAAACAUGUAGCUGUUUUUCCUGCAAAACUGCGCAUUAUCCCUCAGUUCAUUUUCAAUUCUCGUGAUCCAAUUGUAAUGGGAGUUUCUGUGGAAGCUGGCCUUCUGAAACAAGGCACCCCCGUGUGUGUUCCUUCAAAAAAUUUUGUUGAUAUAGGAAUUGUCACUAGUAUUGAAGUGAAUCAUAAGCAAGUUGAGGUUGCUCGAAAAGGCCAAGAGGUCUGUAUUAAAAUAGAACCCAUUCCGGGAGAAUCGCCAAAAAUGUAUGGGCGGCAUUUUGAAGCUACAGACUUCAUUGUCAGUAAGAUCAGCCGACAAUCCAUUGAUGCUUUGAAAGACUGGUUCAGAGAUGAGAUGCAGAAGUCUGAUUGGCAGCUUGUUAUGGAACUGAAGAAAAUAUUUGAAAUUAUCUAAGUAAUACAGUUUGUUUUCAUUUAAAACUUCAGCAGUGGGAGGACUGAUUGUGAUUUAUGGUCUGUGCUUGAACUGGACCUAUUAUUAAGCCACGCUGGAAUGCUGAGAAUCAGAAUCCAGAGUAAAAAGUGGUUAUAGUUAGUAAACGUUUUCCAUGACAAACCAAAACUCUUGCACUGGUUUGACAGUGAUAUGUUUUACAUAUUCGUACAGUUCUCAAUGUGCCUGUUCUUUUUCUUCCUGUCCUUUGGCUCCCGAUAUUGGCUGCUAUUGUUAAAUUUCCCUUCCAUCACACAGAACUUGUAAGCAGCACUCCCUGAUUCUAAUUUUAACUGUAUGAAAUAAUGAAUAAAGUGUUUGAAUCCUG